CACAAAGAGAUGGUCAGUCUAUAGGAGAUUUCCCGCUAGUCGAUAUUAUUCGAGCUAGCAAAAUCCCAUGGAGUCUAUUUCGUCUACACGAAAAUCAUCAACUAAACGCUCUAAUAUCGUGACCAAACUCUAUCAACGAUCAGUAGAGGGAACGCUGUCAAAGCCACUUCACUCUUCAACAGACGCUUUGAAUGGCCGAUUAUAUGACGUACGACUUCCACGCUUUGGAGUAAAUUUAGAGUCGAUACUGGACGCAGAGAAGGAGAUAAUUCAUCAUGUUAUUCUUGGUUUCAACAGACGUGGUGACCAUCUGCUCUCCUACUCCACGAAAUACAAUCUAUCGGACACGUUCGAUCAAAGACGAGUGGAUGGAUGCUUCAGUUUACAUUGGUGGAGAUUCGAUCAACGCAAGCCUCUUAAAAUUUCGGCCAUUUGUAAUAUAUUUAGAGGAGAGUUUAAUGGUUGUGAUGAUCCUUUGCUGUCUGUGUGUGAAGACGCUGAUUCUAACUGGAUAGUGACGUUCGGCAUGUUUCCUUUAAAUUCACAGACCGACUCUGUGCACGAGUGUUUUGUCUCGAUUGCUCCUAAUCCAGUCAAACUGUAUCCAACUCUUGUUCCCAUUCAGCGUCCUGAAUUUUGUCUUUGUUUGAAGUACGAAUUAUGUCCACCUUUUCCAAAGAUUACACCAGAGUUAACUAUGAGGAUACCCAAUACAGUCAUUGUCAAUACUGGUGCAUUUGUGAUGGCUCUCAGACUCGGUAGAAGCUCAGCCGAUCCGAAUCAUUCCGUUCACACUUUAACUGUAGGAAAUACUAGCAAGUACGUCACUACAACUCAACACAGCAAUUCUUUGUUGUCUGUUGAUAUUCUGUCUGAUGAGCUGCCGACUGAUUUUGCAUCUAGUGAUAUUAUUAGACUUGUAUUUACUUGUGACGAUGUCUUAACUAGGCUAUCUCAUAUGACUGGAUCGACAGUUCCAAAGCCAGACUGUGUGCUAAUGUUUGAUGUGGUGAGUUGUUGGGGAGAAGAAAUGAAGCCUGUCACAGCUGACAUUUGGGAUGAUAAGUGUUGUACACAAGACAAUAUCGCCGUUCCUGUGGUGCAAGUCAUAUUUAAUGUCGACAGAUAUCUUAGUUAUGCUCUUCAAUCCAACAAAGAUAUUGCUGGUCGGGUCAAAGCAGUAAUGGACUAUGACAUGGAGGUCGUUGACGUGUGUGUGUACAGCAACCAAGUGAUUAUCUUGCUCAAGAGUUUAGUAAAGGCAUUCAGCUCAACCGACACUGAUCGAUCAUGUCCAAGACUUUAUACCAUGGGAUUUCUGUUGGCAUGGAAUGCUUGGACGGGAGAGACAAAGACUUUAGUCAGUCAUUCCCUUCAGGAGACUACCACAGUGAAAGGACACAGUGGAGGUUUAGGAACACUGCAGGAGGCCUGGGAGAUGAGAAACUAUGAGAAAUUACCAACAGCGAGUUGCAAAUCUGUGAAGAUACUGAGUAAUAGAACCUUAUUUACUGGACAUUCAUUGAAGUAUGUACUUCAUCCUACACUUCCUCUCUAUCUGUUUCACCAGCCACUCUGAUGCCCUUAAAUGAAAACUGCUGGGUGAAAAAUUAUUGGCAUAAGAUGACGUAUCUUGUUAAACAAAUAUCAUACUAGAUGAUCUGUACAGUAUAUUAUGUAAGAAGAACAGGAUGAUAUUACAA